AUGCUUUUAAUUACGCUGAGAGGCGUUCCUACAGUCGCAGCAGGGGAAGUGAAGGCAUCCGUAUAUACGGGAAAUGGAAGAGUCGUUUGGUUGCUCCAGUCUACGUAUGAGAGCAUGCGGUAUGCUUUCAGAGCAGGGACGAAAAGCCUUAAGAGCGCCGCUGGGUUUUCUCUGUUUGAUACCUGCUAUGAUUUGUCAGGCUUCACCACAGUCAAGGUGCCGACGCUGGUCUUCCAUUUCGACAGGGGGGCCCAUUUGUCUGUGCCUGCAAACAACUAUCUCAUUCCUGUUGAUAGUUCAGGGGUGUUGUGCUUUGUAUUUGCAGGUACCACGGGCGGCCUCUCCAUUAUUGGAAAUAUUCAGCAGCAGGGAUUCCGAGUGGCUUUUGACAUGCAAUCCAACCGUGUUGGGUUUGCUGCCGGCUCAUGCUCCUGAACAAUUUCAACUCUUAUCUAUCUUUUAUUAGUAGACCUAAUGAAGAAUGUGUUUUUGGGGAUCUACAUACAUUUCUUUAUGUAUGUCUUCUCCAUGCCCAUUUUUUUUAAUUCUAUUUUUCAGUAUUAGUAUAUGAAUAUUAAAAAUCAAGCAUACUGAAAGUGCUUUUCAGUAUUCCAAACA